UGGCGGGGCGCACCGAUUCACCGGGGGAGGUCGGCUCCGCUCUCAGUUUCAUUCAUGAACGCCGAGACGCAGCCAUAAUAUUUAAUUUGUAAUCUGUAUUGUGUACGGUGCACCGCGUAGUGCUGCCGAUGUGCGUGCACCCUUUGCCCUCUGGUUUUCACAUGUGACCCCUGGUUUGUGUUGAAUUGGUUUCUCCUCCUCGUUGCCGCUGGUGCCUCCCGCGUUAUCGUGCUGCUGUUUAUCGUCUUUUUCGCUUGGUGAAGCCCCGCUGGAAGCUACAGCGAAAAUGGACAUAGAGUCCCUGUACGACUACGGGGAGGAAGACCAGGACUUCUACGAGGAAAGUCCAGGAACUAGAAAAGGAUAUCCCAUCGACCAUAGAUCAAUAAAGCGCGACCCACGGAACGCAAGCGGUAUCCUGGGAUGCGGCAGCAUCAGCGGCGGCGGCGUCAUGAUGAUGAUGGCGAAGUACAUGAAGCAGGAGCUCGCUUCCGACGCUGAAGAGGAGGGCCUGGUGCCAGUUUUGCCCGGUCGCUUCACUUCCAUGCGCAAAGUGCCGUCCCUGUCGGACCUUUCGGAUCCGGAAAACUCCCUCGACAUACCGGCGCAGGUGCCGCCGCUGACACCCGGGACCAACAAAAAGAUGACAGAAGCCCUCAAGGCUUCCUUCGCUUCUUGGGAGAAAGAGCAAGAUCGCCUUAACAUAACCAAAGAUCCAAGGCAAUGGUCAGAAACGGCAGUAGCACACUGGCUGCAUUGGGCCAUCAGGGAAUUCUCGUUGGAAGGUGUCGCGAUGCAGCCAUGGCAGCACAUGACGGGGAAACAGAUUUGCGCCAUGGGCAAGGAGUCUUUUUUAGCACGUGCCCCUGCGUUCAUGGGGGACAUACUCUGGGAACACCUGGAAAUCCUACAAAAAGACGUCGACGUAGAGAAGCCUUCGUUAGAAGAUAUGCCCGCUAAUUUAUACGAGAGCGUUUGCGUGCCCGACCUGGGGGAGUUCCUGGGAUAUCAAGGUGCAACCAAUCCAGUAUCAACGCCAGAACACAAAAGUCCUGGCACACCGACCAGUUCCACAACGUCUAAUUCAUCGGGUCCCCAAAGUGUACCGCAAAUACCGCCACCACCGUCAGCGGUGUCUCUGUCGCACAGGCAGCAGUACCACAACGACGGGGGUUACAGCCAUCUACGAAGUCCUGUUUGCCAGGACGAAAGCCAGAGGGAUGAAACCUCUCCUCCACCUCACAAUCAUAGUACUCAACCUCCUAAUUCUCAUUCUACCACGGCAAGCAGCAAUAACAAUAACAACAACAAUAACAACAACAACAACGCCAAUAGUGCUUACAUUCACUUACGGAAUUUAAACCAAUUGAAGACAGAAACAAAUUACACCAAUCAUCAUAUAACGGAGCACUUGCAAGGUGGAGGUGGCGGUCUCGGUAGUGGCGGCGGUGGCGGCGGCGGAGGUGGCGGUGGUGGCAGCGGCGGCGGAGACAUCGGGGGCACCGGGCCCAACGAAACCGAUCUUCGGGUCAGCACCGCCGCGACGGAAAGUUACAUGACACCGGCACAUUACUCCGGAUACGACGAGGCAUCCGAAUAUCACAACUUGCCACAAGACCAUCAGACGCCGCAUCCCUAUAAUUUAGACAGCUCGCCUGAGUUCUACGGCGCCAGUGGUAUUCAUCUCGAGCCAAAAUACCAACCCCCACCGUUCAAGAACUACCCUCGAGGUCGCUAUCAUGAGGGAUACAGCGAGGGUGGUUACGGCCAGUAUGAUGCAACGUCGUUUCAAACAGUCCCCGGAAGUGGAAGCGGGACUGGCGGUGGCGGAGUUGGAAGCGACCAGUGGGGUGUGGGACCACUCGGUGAACAUCUUUCGCACCACCCUGCCUUCCUCGCGGGACUUGGACCCCGGGAUUCGUCCAACCCCCAUCAUCCAUCGUCCAUUGGAAAUAAUACCGAUCAGAAGCCACUGCUGCAGAGUGCCAUGCUAGCCGGUUACACGGGAGGUGGUCCCUGUUUCACUGGUUCGGGGCCGAUUCAAUUGUGGCAAUUCUUGCUUGAGCUUUUAACGGACAAAUCCUGCCAAGGCUUCAUCUCGUGGACCGGUGAUGGUUGGGAAUUCAAGUUAACCGAUCCUGACGAAGUAGCUCGUCGCUGGGGCAUUCGUAAGAAUAAGCCAAAAAUGAACUACGAGAAGCUUAGUCGUGGUUUGCGUUAUUACUACGACAAGAAUAUCAUCCACAAAACCGCCGGAAAACGAUACGUUUAUCGUUUCGUGUGCGACUUGCAUAGUCUCUUAGGACUCAGUCCAGAAGAGGUACACAGAAUGGUCGAGUUGAAACCCGAGAAGAAAGAAGAAGACUGAGCUUUCGUUAAGAGACGUGCAUAAGGACUACGUCACUGAGAAAAAGCGACUACCAACUAUCCAUUUUUUGACAAUCAAUAAGAACAAAAACAUUGAAUAAGUGAAGUUGCGAAAUGAGUACGGAUGAGACGCCGUUCAGAUGUAAAAGACUUUCUCUAUGUCUCGUUUGUCCAGACAUACUGAAGUCGAAUCGGUCGUACGUACCAAAGACAGGGUCCGCAUACCAUUGGUGCCUAAAGUAAUAACUAAAUUGUGAAUUGUUUUUAAGUGAUUAAUUUGCCACGCAAGAUUUUAGAAGAUAUUUAUAGCGAUAAUUUGACAAUUUAUACAUAUUAUAUAUAUAUUAUACAUAUAUAUUUUUAAUGUUACUGAUUUCUAAACACUGUGGCAUCGAUCCCUUCAACGAUGUAUCUAAAUUAUUUAUGUCCCAUCAUUUUAACAUGUGUGUUAUAUCUCGUUGAUAGAUGACACGAUGUGAUUGUUAUUACUCUAAUUCUACUACAAUAAAUCAUUACGCCUACAUGA